CAAGCAGAACCAAGAUGAGUUUUCUUUAUGGACUGCAGUCUGCCACAAGAAACCGUUUCCUCUCUGGCUUGAACUCACUGGCCAACAGGAGACAGUGGAACACAGCAGCAGGCUGGCCACAAGCACCGAGGCCCUUGGCCGUAAAUGCGGGUCAUGGACAUAACACUGGCAGUCGGUGUCACUCGCUGAUUUCGCUGCCUGGAGACUUUCAUUUCUGUAGGACUCUCAGUAACGAAAAGUCAGGGUGCCUCCCAAGUGCCCAAAGCAGGAAAGUGCGGGUACUUACUUACAGACAUACUGCAUGGGGUAACGCUUUUUCAAGACAAGGAGCGAGGAAAGAGGCUGGCAUCCCUGUGCUCUCAGCAUCGAGUCCUCCGAGCUGCCCUGCGGAAGGAGCCGCCAGGCGGUUCCACAAGUCUCCACCGGUUCAGGCCGCCCCGGUGCCGCUCUUGCUCCUCAUUCUGAAGCCAGUGCAGAAGCUCCUGGCCAUCAUUGUGGGCAGGGGCAUAAGGAAAUGGUGGCAAGCACUUCCUCCCAACAAGAAGGAGCUAUUUAAAGACAGUGUGAGGAAGAAUAGGUGGAAGGUGCUCUUUGGGCUGAGUGCGUUUGGACUGCUGUUUGUAGUGUUUUAUUUCACCCACCUGGAAGUGAGUCCUGUCACUGGAAGAAGCAAACUCCUGCUGCUGGGGAAAGAGCACUUCCGACUUCUGUCAGACCUGGAGUAUGACAUGUGGAUGGAAAAAUUUAAAAGUGAUCUGCUGCCUGAGAGAGACCCUCGAUACCUGACUGUUAAGGAAGUGGUGAAUCACCUAACACAGUGCAAUCAAGACGUCCCGGGAAUCCCUGAGAUCAACUGGGCGAUUCAUGUGGUCGAUUCCCCAGAUGUCAAUGCCUUUGUGCUUCCAAACGGACAAGUGUUUGUUUUCACUGGGCUUUUGAAUAGCGUAACUGAUGCGCACCAGCUUUCCUUCCUUCUGGGCCACGAGAUCGCACAUGCAGUACUUGGGCACGCUGCAGAAAAGGCUAGCAUGGUCCACUUGCUGGAUUUCCUCGGUAUGAUUUUUCUCACAAUGAUUUGGGCUGUUUGUCCACGAGAUAGCUUGGCAGUCCUGGGCCAGUGGAUACAGUCAAAAUUGCAGGAGUACAUGUUUGACAGACCAUACAGUAGAACGUUGGAGGCUGAAGCUGACAAAAUUGGACUACAGCUUGCUGCAAAGAUACAUUGACAAUGAGACAGGUUAACUCCUGGCAACACCCAGCCCACCUCAAAGAAGAUGAUGAGCAUCAACGAGCCUCCUAAUGGAGAUGGCGUCAAUUGUGGCAAAGCAGCCACUGGGCAAAAUGGCCUCAUUUCUGCCAUAGACAGAAUUCUGCCUAAAAAUGGGCAAGCUUGGAUGCAGGCAGAGUCGACAGCCAAACUCUGCCAAGACAGGGCAUGUGUGGAUGUAAGAGCCAGCUCCGUGUUUUGGCAGCAGAUGGAGUUGUCCGAGAGUCUUCAUGGUUACCCCAAGUUGCCGGAGUGGCUGUCCACACACCCUUCCCAUGAGAACCGAGCUGAGUAUUUGGACCGACUCAUACCACAGGCUCUCAAACUUCGGGAGGUCUGUAAUUGCCCCCCACUCUCUGGACCAGACCCUCGCUUACUGUUCAAACUCACUGUGAAGCGUUUUCUUGAAGACUUGGAGACAGAGGACCUAAACAUCACUGUCAAGAAGCAGAAAGUGGAUGCUGUGCCCAUUCAGAAGCAGGAGCAGAUACCUCUGACAUACAUAGUUGAAAAAAGAACUACAAGUUGAACUGUAAUGUAUGAACUUGGAGUAUGUGAAGACUACAGUGAUCCUCAUCAUUUUUAUGCAACUCUUGAAAAAUGAUGUUUUAAAUGAAAAAAAAAAUGGAUAUCCAAGGUCAAGUCAUAUGUAUUACAGAUAUCUGAAUUUUUCUAGAUUUUUAUCUUUCAUGAAAUAUUGAUAUAUUCCAACCUAUUUUAAAAUGUUGCCAAUGAGGAAACCAUCACAGAAUAAAUUUAUAUUAUUCCCUUCA